UAUCGACUAGUCUGCUGUCGGCCCAGUCGCGUCACUCUGCAGGAGCUUGACAAGAGGCUGCUACGGACAUCAUUUGCAAUUCAAACUUGAGUUUAAGAGUGAAGAGGAAGCCAUGUUGAGGCUGAUCUUUGUGGCUGCUCUCGCCGGUUUCUCCCGGGCCAGUGAUGUGAUCGACUACACGGACGAUGACUUCGAGAGCAGGAUCGGAGACCACAGCCUGGCUCUGGUGGAGUUUUUCGCCCCAUGGUGUGGCCAUUGUAAGCGACUAGCACCCGAGUACGAGGUAGCCGCCACACGUCUGAAAGGCAUGGUAGCUCUGGCCAAGGUCGACUGCACAGUCAACAGCAACAUAUGCAGCAAAUAUGGUGUCAGUGGAUACCCCACCCUGAAGAUCUUCAGGGAUGGGGAGGAGUCUGGUCCCUAUGAUGGUCCCAGAACAGCAGAUGGGAUCGUCAGUUUACUGAAGAAGCAGGCCGGUCCGGCUUCUGUCGAGCUCAAGGCUGAAGCUGACCUGCUCAAGUUCAUCGAAAGCCCAGAUGCUGGUGUUGUCGGGUUCUUCGCUGACGACAAGAGCACGGCACAUACGGAGUUCCAGAAGGCCGCCAACGCCCUGAGGGACAACUACCGCUUCGGCCACACAAACUCCGAGGAGCUCCUGACGAGCAACGACGUGGAGGCCGAGGGAGUCGUCCUGUUCCGUCCAAAGAGACUCAACAACAAGUUUGAGGACAGCUCGGUGAAAUACAGCGGCGAUGUGUUCACCAGCAACAAAAUCAAGAAGUUCAUCCAGGACAACAUUUUUGGAAUCUGCCCCCACAUGACAGACGACAACAAAGACCAGCUGAGGGGGAAGGACCUGCUGGUGGCUUAUUAUGAUGUCGACUAUGAGAAGAAUCCAAAGGGCUCCAACUACUGGAGGAACAGGGUGAUGAAGGUGGCCAAGAAAUUCCUGGACGACGGCAAGAAGCUGAACUUCGCCGUGGCCAACAGGAACACGUUCAACCACGAAGUGUCCGAGUUCGGCCUGGACGGCGGCUCAUCUGAAAUACCCGUUGUGGCCCUCCGUACCGCCAAGGGAGACAAAUACGCCAUGAGCGAGGAGUUCACUCGUGACGGAGCCGCUCUGGAGCGUUUCCUGGACGAUUACUUUGACGGCAAGCUGAAGAAGUACCUCAAAUCCGAGCCCAUCCCCGAGAACAACGACGGACCGGUCAAGGUCAUCGUGGCUGAGAACUUUGACUCCAUCGUGAACGACGACAGCAAAGACGUGCUGAUCGAGUUUUACGCUCCGUGGUGCGGACACUGCAAGAGCCUGGAGCCCAAAUUCAAAGAGCUGGGAGAGAAGCUCGCCGAUGAUCCCAACAUCGUUAUCGCCAAGAUGGACGCCACAGCCAACGAUGUGCCAUCUCCAUACGAAGUCAGCGGUUUCCCCACCAUGUACUUCGCACCAGCCGGCAGUAAGACGAGCCCGAAGAAAUACGAGGGAGGUCGCGAGGUGAGCGACUUCGUCAACUACCUGAAGAGGGAGGCAACCAACCCGCUGGUGGUGCAGGAGGAGGAGGCCAAGAAGAAGAAGAAGAAGAAGUCAGAGCUAUAAAAGCUCCCAACAAGAACUUCAACAUCCCCCCCCCCCCCCCCCCCCCCCCCCCUCGCUCACAAACCGGAGGAGGAGAAAUUUGGAAAAUCAUGGAAAGAACUGAAAUUAUAUUCCACUCUUAGUGAACUACCAAAUGCUCUGAGGCCCAAUCAAAGGGGCGCGGCUCCUCCCUCUAGGUCCUCUGCUGCUCUGGGAAAACUGUGGAGAGGUGGUGGCCAGGGCCUGCCCGAUGUCUAAAAACAAAAACAAAUUUUUAGGGAAGAGGGGACAGCUUUUGAAAAAAAUUGAGAUUUUUAUUUCCCCGGGUCUGUCUACCACACCUCAGGCUGAUGCACUUUGGUUAGACUCCAGUCUCCGGUCAUCUGUCGCUCUGAUUUUUGUUGUCGUUGUCACGGGGGAUAUUGGUAGCGGUGAAUUCCUUUCUAUUUUUUUUUUUUUUCUUCAUUUUUGUUUUGUUAAUCGUCUUUGUUUUUGUACAUUUGGAAGGAUUGUGAAAUAAAAAGGCCCACAAAACCAAAACAGGCUGUAUGAUCUCAUUCAUGAAUCUCAGCGUCUGGACUGUUCUGCCUCGAAAUAGCUCUAAACUAAUGAUCCCUUUUAGUCUGUCAGGUCGGUCACUAUAACUUCCUGCAGUGUAUCAGAUCUCUUGGUCCAUCUAAUUACAGAAAGAGUCCAUGUGUCCAGAUCCUAAGGUCUUCAUGUACCUUUGUUUUGCUUUGUUCUAGCCUGGUGGUUGUGUGCAGAGGCUGUAGUGGGUUUGAGUUCGACCUCGGACCUCUGCUGCAUGUAAAUGGUUAAUGGACUUGAGCUUGUAGAGCGCUUUUCUAGUCUUCUGACUACUCAAAGCAGGUCACACCUACACAUUCACACACUGAUGGUAGAGGCUGCUAUGUAGAGUGACCAUCAGAAGUAACUAAUCCCAUUCAUACACUGCCAAAGAAGCAGCGGGAGCAACUUGGGGUGAAGUAUCUUGUUCAAGGACACAUCAGACAUGUGGCUGCAAGAGCUGGGGAUUGAACCCUCGACCUUCUGGUUGGGAGACAACUCACUCAACAACUGAGCCACAGCCUUCAAACAUCCUUUAAAAAAAUAUUUCAGCAUAUUUGUUUUGUCCAAUCAAUUUAAAUUGUCCAUAUGUGUAUUGUUUUUUUUUGCAUUAAAUUACGAGGUAUUCUUACAUCCCUACUAAAAAUCCUUUAGUGUAGAGGCCAAAUCAAAAAAAGUUUCUUACACUUGACGUCUUCAUCUUUGAAAAA